AUGGAAAAAAAUGAACCCCAUAAAGAUGGAAAUCUUAGACCAGUAGGAGAUAUUAGGACUGAGAAAAAAGGACCGAAAGUGCCGUCAAAUAACGCAGAGAAACUUAGAGUUUUCUUUUCAGAACAAUCAAGAGCAGAAAUAAAGGACAAUUUUGAAAAAAGUGAAGUUGGAAUUGAUAUGUUUCUCAUUGCCUGUCAUUACGGAAUCCUGAAUAUUUGCCAAAACGUCAUCAAAUAUUUUCCAGACAUGCUAAAUCAGGUCGAUAUUGAAGGAUGCAAUGCUGCAAUGCAUGCAGCGUGUGGAGGAAAUAUCGAACUUUUAGAGUUAUUGAUAAAAAAUGGUGUGGAUCCCAAGCAUAGAAGCAAUUGUGGCAGUAAUAUUCUUCACAGUGCUUGUAUGGAAUCUGACUUAGAAAUGUGCACACAUAUUAUCCAACAUUAUCCAGACAUGCUUAAUCAGGUAGAUAACGCAGGAUGGAAUUCUGCACUAUACACUGCAAAGGAAGGAAGUGUUGAAGUUUUAGAAUUACUGGUAAAAAAUGGCGUCGAUCACACAUUGAAGGACAUUCAUGGAUGUAACAUUCUUCACCUGGCUUGUUGUGGAUCUAAAUUUAAGAUAUGCCAAUAUAUCAUCAAACAUUAUCCAGAUAUGCUCAGUCAGGUAGAUUAUGGAGGACAAAAUGCUGCAUUUUAUGCUGCGAAAGGUGGAAAUAUUGAAAUAUUAGAACUUUUAAAAAUAAAUGGUGUGGAUGUCAAACUCCAAAGUAAUGAUGGCAUGAAUAUUCUUCAUAUGGCCUGCAUGAAUGCUAAACUAGAAAUAUCCCAAUAUAUCAUUGAACAUUAUCCAGACAUGCUUACUAAGAUGGAUAAUGAAGGAAGGAAUGUAGCAUUAUAUGCCGCAAAGGGAGGAAAUCUGGAGAUACUGAAAUUAUUGCUAAGAAAUGGAGUUGACCCAACGCUACAGAGUAAUAGUGGCAUAAAUAUUCUUCACAUGGCCUGCAUGAAUGCUCAAUUAGAAAUGUGCCGAAAUAUCAUCAAACAUUAUCCAGACAUGCUAAAUCAGGUCAGCAAUGAAGGAUGGAAUGCUAUAAUUUGUGCCGCACAUGGAGGGAGCACUGAAAUUUUAGAACUUCUUGUAAAAAUUGGGCUAGAUCCCAUGCAUAAGGUCAAUAAUGGCCGCAAUAUUCUUCACAUUGCUUGUAUGAAAUCUAACGUAGCAAUGUGUCGACAUAUAAUCAACCAUUAUCCAGAAAUGCUUGAUCAAGUUGAUAACAAUGGAUGGAAUGCCGCCAUAUGCACUGCACUUGAAGGAAAUGUUCAGGUUUUAAAUCUUUUGGUAGAAAAUGGUUUGAACCCUAUGCAGAAAAGCCCGGGUGGAAUUAAUAUUCUCCACGUAGCUUGCCUGAAAUCAAAAUUAGAAAUGUGUAAACAUAUCAUCCAACAUUAUCCAGACAUGCUUAAUGAGAUAGAUAAUGAAGGAAGAAAUGCCGCAAUAUAUGCUGCAAUGGGAGGAGAUGUUGACGUUCUAAAUCUACUGGCAGAACAUGGUGUCAGACCGUAA